AGAGGAGGAGGAAGAGGAGAGAGGGCAGCGGCGCGCUGUGUCUCGGGCGGCUCAGUCCGACCGUGGCGAGCAAGCGGGCAGGCGCGCCGCCCCCUCCCCCGCCCGGCCUCCCCAACUCUGCGGCCGUGAGCAAAGUUUGCAAAGAGGCGCGGGAGGCGGCGGCCGCCCCAAGGAGGCGGCGGGGAAGGAGCGCAGUCUCCGGGUUGGGGGCGGGGGCGGGGGGAGCCAAGGAGCUGGGUGGGGGGCGGCGGCCAGCAUGCGGCCCCGCAGCGCCCUGCCCCGCCUGCUGCUGCCGCUGCUUCUGCUGCCCGCCGCCGGGCCGGCCCAGUUCCACGGGGAGAAGGGCAUCUCCAUCCCGGACCACGGCUUCUGCCAGCCCAUCUCCAUCCCGCUGUGCACGGACAUCGCCUACAACCAGACCAUCAUGCCCAACCUUCUGGGUCACACGAACCAGGAGGACGCAGGCCUGGAGGUGCACCAGUUCUAUCCACUGGUGAAGGUGCAGUGCUCGCCCGAACUGCGCUUCUUCCUGUGCUCCAUGUACGCACCCGUGUGCACCGUGCUGGAACAGGCCAUCCCGCCGUGCCGCUCUAUCUGCGAGCGCGCGCGCCAGGGCUGUGAAGCGCUCAUGAACAAGUUCGGUUUUCAGUGGCCGGAUCGCCUGCGCUGCGAACACUUCCCGCGCCACGGCGCGGAGCAGAUCUGCGUGGGCCAGAACCACUCCGAGGACGGAGCGCCCGCGCUGCUCACUACGGCGCCGCCGCCGGGUCUGCAGCCCGGCGCCGGGGGCACCCCGGGCGGCCCAGGCGGCGGCGGCGCGCCCCCGCGCUACGCCACGCUGGAGCACCCGUUCCACUGCCCGCGCGUCCUCAAGGUGCCAUCCUAUCUCAGCUACAAGUUUCUGGGCGAGCGUGACUGUGCCGCGCCCUGCGAACCCGCGCGGCCCGAUGGUUCCAUGUUCUUCUCGCAGGAGGAGACGCGUUUCGCGCGCCUCUGGAUCCUCACCUGGUCGGUGCUGUGCUGCGCUUCCACCUUCUUCACUGUCACCACGUACCUGGUAGACAUGCAGCGCUUCCGCUACCCCGAGCGGCCAAUCAUUUUUCUGUCGGGCUGCUACACCAUGGUGUCGGUGGCCUACAUCGCGGGCUUCGUGCUCCAGGAGCGCGUGGUGUGCAACGAGCGCUUCUCCGAGGACGGUUACCGCACGGUGGUGCAGGGCACCAAAAAGGAGGGCUGCACUAUCCUCUUCAUGAUGCUCUACUUCUUCAGCAUGGCCAGCUCCAUCUGGUGGGUCAUCCUGUCGCUAACCUGGUUCCUGGCAGCCGGCAUGAAGUGGGGCCACGAGGCCAUCGAGGCCAACUCUCAGUACUUCCACCUGGCCGCCUGGGCCGUGCCAGCAGUCAAGACUAUCACCAUCCUGGCCAUGGGCCAGAUCGACGGCGACCUGCUGAGCGGCGUGUGCUUCGUGGGCCUCAAUAGCCUGGACCCGCUGCGGGGCUUCGUGCUGGCGCCGCUCUUCGUGUACCUGUUCAUCGGUACGUCGUUCCUCCUGGCCGGCUUCGUGUCGCUCUUCCGCAUCCGCACCAUCAUGAAGCACGACGGCACCAAGACCGAGAAGCUGGAGCGGCUCAUGGUGCGCAUCGGCGUCUUCUCGGUGCUCUACACGGUGCCCGCCACCAUCGUCAUCGCCUGCUACUUCUACGAGCAGGCCUUCCGCGAGCACUGGGAGCGUUCGUGGGUGAGCCAGCACUGCAAGAGCCUGGCCAUCCCGUGCCCAGCGCACUACACGCCGCGCAUGUCGCCCGACUUCACGGUCUACAUGAUCAAAUACCUCAUGACGCUUAUCGUAGGCAUCACAUCGGGCUUCUGGAUUUGGUCGGGUAAGACGCUGCACUCGUGGAGGAAGUUCUACACUCGCCUCACCAACAGUCGGCACGGCGAGACCACCGUGUGAGGGGCGCUCCCAGGCCCAGGCUGGACCCGCGCGGCGCUAUCCUCCGCCCGGGGUGGGGCCCCUACGGACUCCGUAUUUUAUUUUUUUUAAUAAAGAACGAUCGAAACCAUUUCACUUUUAGGUUGAUUUUUAAAAGAGAACUCUCUGCCCAACACCCCCACAAGGUUUGUAAUUAAAACUGUAAAUAGUCUUUGUAAAUUUAAUUAUAUAUAUUUUCUAUUUAAAAGAAAAAAGGAAAAAAAAAAACACCAGCGGUGUGGGCUCCAGGGCUGAAGAAUGAGGGGUGUGUGUGUGUGUGUGUGUGUGUGUGUGUGUGUCUAAGGGGGGGGCGUAGUUGGGGGAAGGGUUCACUUUCUUGAGAGCCCUUCAAAACCCGCCCCUACUUUGGAGUUUUUUGGUGAUAUGGCAGGGCUGGGCCUGCUGGGAGAGGCACCCAGCCUGCGCUGUUUUUGUUGGCUUUGAGUUGUUGGAAGUUCGUUCCAUUCAACUAAUAUAAAAGCCAAAUUUGUGAGGCUCGUCACUGACGCUGGGCCUGUGGAAGCUGUUGGAUAUUUUUGAACAGGACUUGGAUUCGUUUUGUUUCCUUCCCCAUUUUCUGUCCCUCCUCAUUUGUCCUAUUUUCUUCACUCACUCUUUGGAAAAGUCCCAACUGAGAUGAAGAUGUGGCAAAAAAAAACCGAGGUGGGGGGUGCCAGUGGGGAGAGAGCGGAGAUGGGGUGGGAAUGGCCUCGGCCCCCUGGCCCACUCCCCCGCAGGCUGGAAGAUCUUUCCCCUCUCUGGUUUCUCUUCGUUUCAGUUCGUUGCACCAAAUGCUUCCAGUGGCCCGAAAAUGCUUUGUGAAGUGUGUUUUGAAACAGCCCGGCACCAACACACACCACCAGGAGUACUGAUCCUGCCUCCCUGCACGUCCAGGGAAGCAUUCGCCUUUGAGCAUUUGUUCGCAAAUUUGGGGGCUCUGAGAUCUCCUGGCAUCUCUCCCCUUCUUCUCCUGCGGUCUGUUCACACCCCAGCCAAAAAUUUCCAGCGUUCAGGUUAGCAGUUUCUGGAUUGGUUUGUGUGGGUUUUUGUUGUUGUUUGGGGCUUAUUUUUUUUUUUUUCAAAAAGCAAUAAAGAGGGGUGGGUUGGAGGGAGGGGACUGAUGGGCUGAUGGGCUUUUUAGUUUUUCUUUGACGGAAAGACUGGUUUCUUUAAAACUUGUUCAGAAAAAAAUGAAGAAAAAAGAAAAAGGUGGUGUCGUUGCUUUAGAAGAAGGCUCUGGACAGGCUCUUUGUGGCUGUGGGGGCGGGUUGAGUGUUUACAUGACAUUCUAUAUCACAAGAUUGAUAGAAUGUUUAUAGCAGAUGUUUCUUAUCUUCCCCCUACCCCCCACAAAUAAAAGUCAAGACUUUUCUUAAGUUAGCUGCCUGAGAAGUGAUGUCUAAAAGUACCCUGGCUGGUGUGAGAACUCCGGUUUCCAAUACACAUUAUUUCCCUCAACUAUUUGGAAUAUUUUAGAAUUUUAAUUCCAAAGGAUUGGUUUGAAUACAAGUAUACAAGUAUGCCACAUAACUCAGUUUUCACCAUCUCCCGUUUCUUAGCAGUGUAAAUUAAAAGCUAAUAAUCAUAAUAAUAAAAUGCAUUUAAUUAUCUUCGA